ACGUCACUACAAGCGUCACGUCGCUCGCUCACUCACGCCGCCAUUUUGUUUCAUUGACUGAUGCCGUGCCGAAAGGACGCCUGCUAGUCAAUUUGAAAAAGUGCUAAUUAUUAUUAAUAAUUUCACUGUGGAAUAAAUCUGUUAUUUGUUAUAAAUAAGUAAUGCAAAUGCACGCAAUGAAUAACUACAAUCGUGGAUUUGGAGGUCAACCUCAACCUCAGAGGCAAGGCCCCCGUCGUGGUAACCGAGGUGGAGGCGGAUUCAGACAGACUCGGUUCGACAAUAACCAGCAACGCAAUCAAAACCAAAAUCAGGGUCAACGCCCGAUUGAGAACAAGCCUGCUGAAAAGCCAGCUCAGGCAGCCCAGAAUCAGACUCCCAACCAGAAUCAACAACCUCGUCCUAACCAGCAACCGGCCCAGAACCAGCAGGCAAGACCAAACCAGCCUGCUGCUAACCAGAACCAGGCACAGCGCCCCAACCAGACACCUGCUCAGGGCCAAAAGACUACCCCGCCUGCUCAGAACCAACAACCACAGCCCAACAACCAGGUAGCUCAGCAGGGCAAACCAGUGCAGCAAACCCCACCAAAGCCUGUUGCUGAUAAAGUGGAUUCCGUGGCAGCCCCCACUGAAGCCCCCAAGCCUUUGAUGCAACAGAACACUGGAUUCAACCAACAAGCUAAGAAGGAUGACAACAAUCAACCCCAGAAGAAUAUGAAUGGAGGCUUUGGAGGACCUAACAAGCAAGGCGGCACUUGGGCUCAAGGCAACAGACCUGCUGGCAACCGUCAGUUUGGUGGACCUCGCCAAGGUGGACCAGGCCAGGGCCAACAGGGAGGUCAGCGCCAGGGAGGUCCUGGCCAGCAGGGGGGCCCACCUCGCAACCAGCAGAGAGGCAACCAGGGAGGACGGCCACCGAGGGACGACAUGAGCGGCAAACCUCCCGCUCAGCGAGAGGUGAGCUAUGAGCACAUGCUGAUGAAUAAACUGAAGGACUUGAUGGGCCCCAUCCUGGACCUGCCCCCUCUAGAGCAGACAGAGUCAAAGUUCAGUGGAAGAAGCCGUCUGUACAUUGGGAACCUCACCAAUGAUGUCUCGGAGGAAGAGAUCACUCAGCUGUUCUCAGCCUAUGGGGAGACUGCUGAGCUGUUUGUCAACAAAGAAAAGAACUUUGGAUUUAUUAAAAUGGACUACCGCGUGAACGCGGAGAAGGCGAAGCGCGAGCUCGACGGCAAGAUGCGCAACGGGCGCGCCCUCCGCGUGCGCUUCGCCCCGCACAACAGCGCCGUCCGCGUCAAGAACCUGCCGCCCUUCGUGUCCAACGAGCUGCUGUACCGCGCCUUCGAGAUCUUCGGCAAGAUCGAGCGCGCCUACGUGAGGGUGGAUGACCGCGGGAAGACGCUCGGCGAGGGCGUCGUUGAGUACGCGAGGAAGCCGAGCGCGCUGGCCGCUAUCAGGAACUGCACGGAGAAGUGCUUCUUUUUGACGUCGUCUCUGCGUCCCGUGAUUGUGGAGAGCUACGAGGAGCCUGAUGAGUUUGAUGGAUACCCGGAGAAGAACUUGCCCAAGAAGCACCCUGAAUUCAUGCGUGCUCGCGAGGUGGGCCCCCGCUUCUCGGAGCCCAACAGCUUCGAGCACGAGUACGGCACGCGCUGGAAGCAGCUGCACGAGCUGCACAAGCAGAAGGAGGACGCGCUCAAGAAGGAGCUCGCUGCCGAGGAGGAGAAGCUGGAGGCGCAGAUGGAGUAUGCCAAAUACGAGCACGAAACCGAGCUUCUGCGCGAGCAGCUCCGGCAGCGCGAGCAGGACCGCGAGCGGCAGAAGCGCUCGUGGGAGCUGGCAGAGCUGGCGGCGGAGCAGCGGCGCGGCGCCGAGCGGCACGAGCUGCAGCAGCGCGAGGACGAGCUGGCGCUGCGCAUGCGCAAGCAGGACGACGAGCUGCGCCGCCGCCAGCAGGAGAACACGCUGUUUGUGCAGGCUCAAAGGUUGAACUCGCUUUUGGACCGCCAAGAUGGCAUGUUUGACUCGAACCAGUCGCCAAUGGAUGGAGGCUUCAGAGAGCAGUUCGACAUGGGCCGCGGGUACGACGACGGGCCCGCCUCGCGCUGGGAGGGGCCGCGCCAAAUCGAAGAUUUCCCAAACAAACGCCGUCGAUUCUAAACUAACCCACUCCAUGACACACGCGAUCAAAGCCGCGACCACGCUCCGGCCGUACUUCUAAACAGGAGUCUUUUGUUUUAAGCUAACGCGUACUUUUAUUGCCACGGUGAACGGUUGCGACGUCUGUCGGAUUCUCUGUUCCGCGGUACGUCACACAACAAGGUGGAUGGAGGAAGGAUGGGUAGGGUUGGAAACCGGAAAACAGCGUGUUUUUCUUACACAAAUAUGUAUUGCAAUUUUAUAAAUUAGGAUUAAAAUUUAGUUACAUCACUAAAAUUAUUAUAGAUACAUUUUUCUUAUUCAGUGCGAUUGUGUAUUAGGUUAAGAUAGGUGUAAAUUUUAAUAGUGAAUAGCAUCUUCCGAGAUUUUUUUGUAUAAUAAUUUCUGAAUAGUUUUAUUUAUUUUAUUAUUGUGCUGUUCAAUUCUGUCGUGGGAAAACAUCCUACGCAAAUAACUAACUCUAACUUUAAAUUCACUCUUAAAACUACAAUUUCAUGUAUUUAUUUUCCAACACCUAUAUUUUUAUAUUAGUAGAAGACUGCUUAAAUCGAAUGAAAUUUCUGCUGAAACACAAAUUAUAACAACUUUAAAGUUUUACCAAAACCAAUUUGACAGCGCUAAGCAUCAGUCUAGUUUCUUUAGUAAGAUGGAUCAGUUUUAUUCUACAGUUUCUAAGCGCAGUGAAUCUCUUCACAGUUAUCUGUUAGUUAAUCAGUUAUUUAAAUUAAAACAUUACUUUCUCUUAUUUAUAAAUGAGCAUUUUCAAAAGCUCGUCAGCAUUUAAAGACUGACUUAUUCAUGAACAUUAUUUUCUUACGCAUAGUAUGAAAAUACCGAUAAUGUUUACAAAUUUCUGUAGGUACUGUACCCGUGAAAUAAAUAUAAAUUAUGGAACCACCGCUAUGUGAAACUACAUACUAUAAUUCCAGAAGUAUUUGGGUCAUUCCAUGAAAACAAUGUCCAGACUGUGACACAUUUUGGACUUAGCCCCACCGGUUUUAACUGUUUUUUUAAAAAAUAAAAAAAUAUUGUAUCUGAAAUGGCUUUCAAUAACCGUCACAGAUAUAAAAGAGAAUUUUACAAGUUAAAUGUACACUUUGUAACAUAAUUUGUACACAGAUCAUUUAAUAGGCCCAUUUUUGGUCUAAGAAGAAUUAAAUGUAAUUAAAUGAACGUAAAGGUUACUUAUCCUAAAGAAGCCAAUAUUUUCAAAAACUACAAGCUAAUUAUCUUCCACAAUAUGCGUUACGGACAUUGUUGAUGAUGAUGGGAUGAUCCAUUUAGUAUGUGACUUUUAUAACAAUAAUUUGUAGUUCUUAGUUAUCACGUGUUGCUUAACAUACGUUAUUAGUAUUAAUGAAAUUAUCUCUUAAAUUAAAAUAAAAUAUCUCUACACUUAAA